UGGGAAGAAGGUGGCUUAGAUUGAUAUCACAGCAUUCAGACAGGGAAUAAAACAACAAAAGAACCACAUGUAACCAUCAGCCCUUGAACCAGACUCAGAGUUAAUCACCUUUAGCAAAGCAAUAUAACUCGUUGAUCCUAACUUGGGCAUAAUUGAGCCAAAGACGGUUAAUGCAGACCUCUCGUCACCCAAUCCUAAUGCAAGAGUCUUACAACAACAAAUGAAAUAAAAACAGAACGACAAUCUUACCGUGAAAAUAAAAGCGCACAACAACAAAAAAAUAAAAACCAAAGUUUAUUUGCUUUCUUAAACAGGAAUACCACUUGCACGUCCGGCGGGUCUAGAAGACUUGACCCGCCGCCUCUCCGUUUUUUGUUUUGUCCAGAGCCAUGCUUCCACCUGAUGGGUCCCCGUUUUUUGGAAAAGAUAUCUCCACAUCCAUCCCUUCCAGUGAUUCUCCUGUGGGUGUUGUUCCAAUAGCUUUACGUUUUUUAGUUCCAGUAAGAGAAGAGACCUCUGCUGCCUGUUCAUCUUCGUUCACAGAGGCUACUGCCUCCAACUUUUCAGGCUUUCAAAACAAAAAAUUCCCCUCUCCAUCAACAAGCCAUUUACUUCCCUUGCUCAUAUUGCCUCUCCGAUUUCCGGCUCGGAGCCAAGUCCCAAAUGCUUUCUCCUUCCCUUCGUUAGCAAACUCGAAUCUCCUGGGGCACAUACGAUCUACAUGAUUCAUAAGACCACAUAUAAAACAGAAGUGAGGCAACCUCUCGUAUUUCAGAUCAACCCAGAAAGGUUCUCCUCUUCGUUUUAGUUUAACCCGACGUUUAAGCGGAUUCCCAUAUUUUAACUUAAUAAAUAAACAUAAUAAUACGGAGCAUUUCCCUAGCGGAUUAGGUACGUGCUCAAUAGAGAGCACGCUAAGGGCUCUUUAAAAUUCUCAGUAAAGCUAAUGCAAGAUUUUUUUCCCAAAAAGUUUGAAUCCCC